AGUGAUUAGCCUAAACCUUCUGCAGGUGUUACGUGUCAUGUUGCAAUUCCUGUUCAUCAGGUGUGUUUUGAAGUGACUAACUGAAGUGCAUUAUGGGAUUAAUAAAACUACCUUUCUAAGACUCCUGUUCUGUGCACUCCUUUGAAUUGAAGAAACUUAAGAUAAGGACCUCACCAUGUCUGAACCAAUAACGCUGAACGUAGGGGGAAGCUUGUACACCACUUCUUUGACAACUUUAACUCGCUAUCCAGACUCAAUGCUUGGUUCAAUGUUCGGUGGAAUGUUGCCCAUUAAAAAAGAUAUACAAGGAAACUGCUUCAUCGAUAGAGAUGGAAAAAUGUUUCGCUACAUCCUAAAUUUCCUUCGCACAUCACAGUUGGAUCUUCCACAUGAUUUCCAAGAGCUGGAUCUUCUGAACAGAGAGGCUGAUUUUUUUCAGAUCCAACCUCUGCUGGAGGCUUUGCAGAAAGUCACGGUGAAGCCUACUAAAGUGAGAAUGAAUACAAUUCUUAACAUCAUUUAUGACUCGCAUUUACAUAAUAUUGGUUCUUUUACCGGAAAAAUCAUGAGUGUUCAAGUAUUUUCUACAUCAUGUGCCUUACUGAAACUCCUGAAUUCCAAGUUCUACCAUAGAGUUAAUGGGGAGAGUGUGGCUAUAAACACCAAAGAACAGAACCAGAAAUUUAUGACUGUAGAAUGGGUUGAAAGUGGCUUAAACGCAAUGGAAGGACAAUAUUUACUGCAGAAUUGGAAAAGCCUCUUCGUUGCACCCUCUCAUCAGAAAAUCAAAAAUCUGCAAAUGUUUUUGCAACACGUCGUGAAGAUAGCAGUAAAUGGUGGAUUCCUUCUCCAUUCUCUUCCUCCCACUUCAUCCAGCCCUCUGGUCCUCCAUUUCACUCAGUGCUGGUAA